UUUUCGAUUAGUUGGCGUAAGACAUUUGAUUGUUGCAGACGUUGUUCGGUGAAUUUUUUGUUUUUUUUUUUUGUUAAACGUUAGACGGUAAAAGGGGUUUUUGGUGUCCGAAUAAUUUUGGUGACACCGAAAAGGUGUGUAUACAGUGUUACAGCGUCCCUUUUAACAGUGAAAUCGGAUUAGGAUCAAAAUCAAAACAAAAGAAACUGACGGAACUGUUGUAAUAGAAACGAAAAUUAAUCGGGACAAAAGUUUAGCGGCACGGGAUAAUGUGCUGAAACUAUAUCAUCGCACAAUUGUGAUAAUGAGUUGAAUGAAUUAAGUUAAGCGGAACACAACGGAAUUCGUACAAAAUAAUAUUGUUUCGAUCAUUUGGUGACAAGUUUGUUGUUUCAAACAAUUUUUUAUCAAACACAUCGUGACAUUAUAAGAAUCGAGAUUUGUUCUUCUUUGAAACUUUUUAAGUCUGAUGUGCGGCCAUUUUGAAUAUUUCUUACAUUCAUCACAGACAACGAUUUACCUGUUGUUGGAGGUGCUAAUUUAAAUUUUUUUUUCAUGUUCGAUUUUGUGCAAAAUUUGAUUUGAAAUUUCACGGAAAAUCGUCCGACGCGUUGAAUUCCAAACUGACACACGUUAGGAAAGUGUGACAUUGUUACAAUAAUUAUGUGCGUGAACAUAGUGUUAUAUGUUGAGUGUUAAGACCCCAGUGUCUCAUUGAACCCGACUCUCGUCUGUACGAGAUAUUUAGUCAAUAAAAUUGUGUGUGACGUGACAAAGUGUCCAAAUCGCGUAUAUAUAGAAAAGAAGAAGAAAUAAAUAACAAAAAAGUAACGCGACGGGCACUCCUUUAGUCAAACAUAGACACAGCAUCACAUUUAAGAUUUUUUAGAAUAAAAAAUUAAAAUUAAAUUUUUUGUGUUACGUUUUCGUCUUCGAUCAGCGGCAUCCAUCCGACAACAUUCCGGUAUUUUAUAUACUCACACAUGUAUUGUAUAUUGAACGGAACGGUGUUAAUUCGUUGUUGUAUUUAUUCAAUAUCAGAUAUGAAGACAUAAACACUAAUCGGUUGAAUUACCCAAUUAUCAUCGCAACCAACUGAAAUUAAAAUCGCAUCGACAUGGAAUGGUCCGAAGGUGACCUCGUUUGGUUCGAUCCAGGCCUGGGUCAUCCAUUGCCUGGCGAAAUCCAGGAAGUUCAUCGAGCCGCUCAAGUCAUUAUCGUACAGGCAUUAAUCAAUGGAAAGGCUCAAACAUUCACACUCGCCCCGGGCGAAGGGAGUCUUCGUCCCAGACAGGAUCUGGGAAGCAGUGGCGUUGAUGAUAUGACCCAAUUGGAAGAUCUUCAUGAGGCCUCCCUGCUGUGGAAUCUACGAUUGCGAUACGAUCGUGGACUGAUCUACACAUUUGCCGGAAGCAUACUGAUUGCGGUCAAUCCGUACAAAAUGUUCCCCGAUUCAUACGGUCUAGAAAUAGCAAAGCAAUAUGCCGGAAAACCGCUGGGAACACUUCCGCCACAUUUAUUUGCAAUUGGUGCUGCUGCACACGCAUCGCUUCCAUCGCCACAGGUGGUGGUCAUAUCCGGAGAGUCCGGAAGUGGAAAGACCGAGUCAACCAAAUUAGUCAUGCAAUAUUUGGCAGCAGUUGUGCCUGGUGGUGGAAGUGCAUCAACUGUUAUCACCGAACAAAUUUUAGAAGCUGCUCCUUUGCUUGAAGCAUUCGGAAACGCACGAACAGCCCGAAAUGACAACAGUUCCAGAUUCGGGAAGUAUUUGGAAGUUUUUUUCAAACAAGGAGCCAUUGUCGGAGCUAAAAUCACCCAAUAUUUACUGGAAAAAUCACGAAUCGUGACUCAAGCGCCGAGCGAACGAAACUAUCACGUUUUCUACGAACUGCUCGGUGGACUAUCAGAAUCGGAACGCACCAAGUACGGACUUCUGGAAGCCGACAAAUAUUUCUACCUGAAUCAAGGCGGUUCGGACUGUGCUCCGGGUCGUGUCGAUUGGAGUUCGUUACAGGGUGCCAUGCAAGUGCUUGGCGUGUCCGAAGUGGAACGUGAAGGAAUCGUACGCGUUCUGGCUUCGGUUCUGCAUUUGGGAAAUGUUUACUUUCAUCGCAGACAGUUGCGUCACGGCCAGGAGGGCGUUGAGGUUGGAUCGGACGCUGAAAUCAAAUGGGCGGCCCAUUUACUUCAUAUUCCCGCUGAUGGUUUGCUGCUGUCGUUGACGACUCGUAUUACUGAGGCACGAUCGGAACGACUUCACACACCACUGGGGAUCGAUCAGGCAUUGGAUGCACGUGAUGCAUUCGCAAAAGUUCUGUAUUCGGGACUGUUCAGUUGGCUCGUCUCCCGCAUAAAUUCGAUUGUACAUAAAGGUGGCACCCAUGAUGCGCACAGAAUUUCAAUUUUAGACAUUUUCGGAUUCGAAGACGUGGCCGAAAACAGCUUCGAACAGCUGUGCAUAAAUUAUGCCAACGAAAAUCUUCAACUCUACUUCAACAAGCAUGUCUUCAAACUGGAACAGGCCGAAUAUGCUAGGGAACGACUGGAAUGGAAUCCCUUAACCUGGGAGGACAAUCUUCCGGUCAUACAUCUGUUGGCCAAGAAACCCGUUGGAAUCUUUCAUCUUCUCGACGACGAAUCCAAUUUCCCACGGGCCAGUGACCUCAGCUUCUUGGAGAAGUGUCACUACAACCAUGCGUUGAACGAAAUUUACUCGCGACCGAGAAUAGGAGCCCAGGAAUUCGGAGUCACACACUAUGCCGGUCAGGUGUGGUACUGUGUGGAAGGAUUUCUCGAGAAAAAUCGAGACGCACUUCGACCGGAUGUACUGGAGCUGUUGGCUUCCAGUAAACUUCCACUGAUCGGAGAUAUGACACGUCAGCUGCGAGCUCAGCGUGAUAUCGGUAAAACGAUGCCCAAAGGUUCCAACGGCCGAUUCGUGACGAUGAAACCGCGCACUCCAACAGUUGCUGCUCGGUUCUCCGAUUCGCUGCAACAAUUACUUCAAUCGAUGGCCAAAUGCAAUCCGUGGUUCAUCCGAUGCAUUAAGCCCAAUAACGAUAAGCAUGCUCUACGAAUGGAUAUGCCGUGUGUUCUGCAACAGUUGCGCUAUCUUGGAAUGCUGGACACGAUACGGAUCAGACAGAAAGGCUACCCAGUACGAUUGAGAUUUCAGCAUUUCGUUGAACGCUAUCGUCAUAUGAUCAAGGGUCCGCUGCCACGCGGCACUCCAUACCGUGAAUUGUGUCGAACUGUGCUGGACAAUUUGCCCAGAACGGGAAUUGAGGGUCCCGAUUUUCAGUUGGGAGCGACUCGUGUGUUUUUGCGUGAGGCACAACAUCGAACGUUGGAAAGUGGUCGUUCGGAGCGGUUGAGGAAUGCGGCCGUAAUAAUUCAACGAAAUGUUCGUGGCAUGUUGGCCAGAAAGAAAUUGCAACGCAAGAAACGAGCUGUCGUUAAAAUACAGUCAGCGUGGAGAGGUCAUCACCACAGACGACGAUAUCAGAACUUGAAGAAGGGAACCGUUCAAAUGCAAGCGCUGUUCCGUGGCAGAAAGCAACGUAAACUUUACGGCAAAAUGAAAUCAGAAAUGAAACGACGACGGGGAAUGGAGAAGGCGCAACGAGAGCGGCAACAGCAGAAAAUUGUGAAAGAACAGGAGCGAACGAGUGUGAUCCAUCUGGAUGUGCCUGCCGAAUUGGCGUUUAUGUUUUCCAAAAUGGACGGAUGGAGUCCGUUGCACGGAGAUCGUCAUCUGGUCAAAGUGGUCGGUACAGUUCCUGGUCCACCGACGACACAAGAUCUUCCCACCGAUCUCGACCAAUUUUCAUUCGGUAAAUUCAGUUCAGUGUACUGCAAUGGCCUUAAAUUGGCUGCCAGACGAGAUCCCAUUUCAGCACCAUUGCUGGCACGGACCUCGAUGCGUGCCCAAGACCAUCAAGACUCAUUGGCAGUUUUUAAACUGAUUCUGCGUUAUGCAGGCGACACCACUCUGGACAGUGCUCGGGAAAAAGCGCUUGCCGAUUACAUCGUGCACAAAGGCUUAUCGGCCAGAGGACUGAGAGAUGAGAUUUUAGUUCAGCAGUGCAAUCAAAUUUAUCGAGCCGAUGAGGCCCAAGCCAUGCGUAUGUGGCAAUUGUUGGCUCACUGUGUGUCAGCAUUCCAGCCCGGGCCGGUUCUUAAUAAAUAUUUGAUGAAGUUCAUCACGGACCAUGCACCUUCUUCGAUGAAAGACAUUCUGUUGAAAAAGCUGCUACGUCCUGGUCCUAGCAGUCAAGCAUCUGCAACCAGAGUCUUUCCACCAACGUGGCUAGAAUGGAGAGCCACAUCCAGGUCUUCCGAUAUUGCGAUCGGUCUAACACUGCCAGACGAUGUAACGCAAACGGUAGCAAUUGAUUCGUGGACAACGUGCGAAGAAGCGGCUUCCUUAGCAAUUUCAUCGCUCGGCAUACCAACUCAAGGCUGGUCAGUUCUACUCGAUGAUGCUGGUCUUGUUACCGAGUCGUGUGGCUUGGAUUACGUUUUGGAUUUGAUUUCUGAAAAGGAAAUUUGUCCCGCUUUCCCAGCCGUUCGUAGUGAUCUGUUACGAAACGGCCGAAAGAAUUCAAGAAUUGCUAUGUCAGUGGAACCAGAAAGUCCGAAACGACCACAAGUACCGCCACCAGAGCCUCCAGCUCAAACGAAACAACAUCGACAAGCCGAACGUGAGCAUCGGUCUAUCGAUCGCGAUCACCGGUCUAUCGAUCGCGAUCACCGGAAAAUGGAUCGCGAUCAACGUACCACUGAACGUGAAUUACCGAUUCCGCAACCAAUGGUUGAUAAGGUGGAAUACAAUCAACGGUCAUUCGAACCAGCGCAACGGAAAACGUCUCACGAUUUGUUGUCACGAAGCUCGGCUCUGAACGAACGAUAUUUCGAAAUCGACAAGUCUCGAUCACGGUCCAUGGAUGAUUUGCUGGGUGGAGAUGGUGGCAACGAGAUCAUUCAACAUAUCCCCGCACCAGUUGAACCUCUAGCAAAUUUGGGUCUGUCCGAGAGCAGAUUGAACGAUCGUUACCAUUCAACGGAAAGACUGGCGCCGAUAAUUUCGAAGGAACCGGCUCCACGCUACCAAAAAUCACAAUAUGCUGGACGACGAUCGGCUGGAUCGCAUUCCAGUAAAUACAUGGAACGAUCAGAAUACGCAACUAGAUCAUCGGCAAUGAGUGAUACAAGCGAAGCUCCGUCACUAGCCAGUCAUGUGAGGCGUGUCAGAGUUCCAUCGCAAGCUUCCGAUGUUGACCAGUUUUUGGAUGAGUUAUUCAGUCCGGUGCUCGAUGGAUCUUUGGACGAGUUAUCGGAUGCUAGAUCAUUGGCUGCUAGCAUACGAGGAGGUGGUGGAAACAUAAGAGACUUCAUUGAAGCGCCUAUAAUGAACGAUAGCUCGUUGAACAUUUUGGAAAAUGCCAGCGGCUUAGCGAAAGCAAUUAAGGGAGGUGGAAGCAAAACGGACAAGAAACCUUCAACUUCUUCGACUCUGGAUCUCGAAGUGGAAGCCAUUAAUAACCCGAACGAUGUUUCGUUGGACGAAUACAUCACAGACCUGUUCCAACCGAUUUUCGUGAACGAUUCCCUCCGUCGACUAACCGACAAAUCUGAAUUGGCCGAAUCCAUCAAAGGUGGCGGAACAGCGCAUCAUUCCGGAACAACGAAUGGAUUCGUUACAUCCCCAGCAUUGAUGUCCCCGAAAAGUCCCAUCAGUCCGAAUCAAAUUCUGCUGAUGAACGCUUCUACUGCAUCAGACACAUUUCAAGCAAUGCCAUCCGAUGCCGACUCGCCACAAUAUCAACAGAAUAUGCAGCGAGCCUUUCUACAAUCGGCGAUGGUUCAAAAUUUACAGAUUCAACAGCAGUUGCUGGCACAGAAUCAAGCUCUACAAACGUUGCUCAGUCAACAGGAGACAACUAGUCCAACGCAUACACAGAUUACAUCCACAUCGACUACUCAAAUACAAAAGUCGUCGCCGAAAAAGCAAAAUUCUAAGACACGCAUCUCCUCGUCUCCAUUUUCGGAAAUGGAUCGAUACCGAAAGGGAUCAUCGGAGAGCAAUGGCACUCAACCGCCGAUUCCACCACCAAUGCCUCCACCACUCGAAUUCAAAGAUCCAUCCGAAGCACGACCGUUCUUGGAUCCGUACGGACGCGCCAAAACUGUUCGCAUUGGUAAGUGGAGAUGGCCACCACCGCAAGACAGUAACAUGAGCGAAGGGGACGAGAAUUUCAUGCAUUUCAAAAUGCGACAAAAUCAACGAAAACAAACUCCACAAUCGCAGGACAGCGUUUCUCCGAACGGAUCGGCAGCGGUUGACUGGGAAGAAUAUGACGUUGAACCGCAAACGACAACCGUUGCCAUCAAGAAUUCGAUUCAUCAUCAGUCGCAACGAAAGUUCAGCCAACCGGAGGCCAAUUCUGCACAUCAAAUGGGCAAGACAUCUCGCAGAAGCUUCGAAAUCGGAGCGGAUCGUCCGCCACCGGGAAGUGUUGGAAAGUUGAAAUUAAGUUCAGAAAUGAGACAACGUUUGGAGCAAGUGACAUCAGGACAUUCAGUUCGAUCAUCGACAAGCACUCAAUCUGAUAAAAGAGCUCCAGCGAAAUUGGAAGACGCUCGUAAAAUGAUGUUGCAACAGCAACUAAGUGGCCACUUAAUCGCCAAUGACCGAUCGAAAGGCGCUGAUCAACCGUCAGUUCGAACGCAUAUUCAACGAAUGGAAAUGGGAACUCGUCCAUCGCCUCCAACUUGGCCAGCUCCGCCUCCACCAAUCCGUCCACCGACAGAUAUUCCACCAAUGCCUCCACCACCGAUUCCAAUUGGGCCAGUUUCGCAGCAUCCACAAGAAAUGCCCGCAUUCGUGCAGCGACAAGAAAGAGACACGUUCGGUGCCCAUCAAAACUGGAAUGGAUCGGAAAUGUCCAAAGAUGGUUAUGACUCGUGGGGACGAGCUGAAGCCGCCAAGUUGGAUAUGGUUUACGAAAGCAAUUAUAAGAAAGAAGUCGCAGUGGAACGAGAACGUUCGAGGUCACGGUCUAGAUCAAGGGAUCGGGAACAUUUCUCGGAAUCGGUAUGGGAUCGUUCAGAGGUAGAAGGACCGCCAUCAAGUGGAAGCGAUCGUGAGAGAUACAAAGAACGCGAAAAAAGAGACAGAAUCUACGAACUGCGACAGGUGGAACGGGAAAAGGAGAGCAACAAGGUCUAUAAACCUGUGACAACUAAACAGGAAAGUUUUGAAAAGGAAAAGAUAUUCGACGAGAAGAAGUCGUACGAACGAGACCUAAUGCACGAGAAGGACAAAGCCUAUCACCACAAAUCAUAUGCUCAAAGCCAAGAACGAGCCACAUUCAAAACGCAUAUGGCCAAUCGUUUGGAACGAGAACGUAAGAACUCAGCUUCGACAUUCAUUACCCAGAGCAGUGACAAGCAUGACGAAGUCGACAAAGAUGAAUGGUCAACGCCAGUAGUAACAGCACCAACGCCAGUACCGCCAUCACUCAAGUCUCCAGCAUCAGCCUGUCUGACCUACAAUCGAGUUCCAUGGAAGCUUCGUGUCCGUAAAGAGAUGUUCCGUCCCAGUGAACCAAUCGGACCACCAGCUGCGAUAGAUCUGCUAUUCAUGCAAAUUGCCAACGAUGUAUUCGGCCUCACUACAACGCUACGCAUCAAUCAGCAAGAGAAACGAGCAGCUUUGAACCUACUCGGUGGUCACGGAGUUACGGCCGACAAUAUGAAAGGACAAAUUCGUGCGAUAGUCAAGCGUCAUUUGAUCGACAUGGCUCGCAAUUGGCCGUUGUAUUUUGCUCGUUUAUUCGUUGUAAGCGGAUCGCCGCAAAUUCCCGAAGUGUCCAUUCUGGCUGUAUCGCAUAGUGGAGUGUAUCUCGCCAGACGGGAUCCCGAACACAUAACAGUGAUCAAAUCAGUGCCAUUUGCAGAGUUGUCCGGAGCUGUCACAUUGGCCCGUCCAUCGGCUCUGCAACUAAAUUUACGGAACGGAAAUCGAAUGACAUUGCAUGCGACCCGGUCUCAAUAUAUACAGAUGAUGGUGCAUACGUAUUGCCAAGAGUACCGACAGAUUCAAUCAAAGGCAUCGACAUUAUCAUCCGGUGCACGAGCGGCUGCACAAACUCUUAACGUACCCAUUGAACGGCUCGAAGCUCAAGUGCACAUGACUCAAAAUAAUAAAGUUCAGGCGAUCAACGACAAACAUACCCACAAUCAUCGCGAUCGCAUCGACAGUCAUGAUGACGAACACAUUGUGGAAUAUAACGGCAAAUCGAUAUCACCAAAUAACAAUUAUCACCAUCAUCAACAACAACAGCAACAGCAGCAACAGUCCAGCCAUCAUGCUAGCAGUCAUAAGAAUUCGAUCAACAACGGUCAUUACAAUGGUCAACAGGAUGACAUCGUUAUGCACCAUCAAGACGAUGAACAUCAAAUGGACGGCUCGCCAUCCGUUAUGAAAUAUUCGCUGUUGCAGUUUGCCAUGCAGCACUUUCGAAAUGAUCAAAUCACAGAAGAUCAUCCAAAGAAUGGACGACCCGAAAAACGUAUGUCGACAGCAUCGAAACCACAUUCCGAUUUGGUAAAAUGGCAAGGCACACCGAUACGAACACCAUUGUUACGUCUACCGCCCGAUCUGUCACCGUUGGCUCUGGAGUGUUUCGAUUGUAUUCUGAGAUAUUGCGGUGAUUUACCACCGGAUCCGGAAUCGACUGAAGUGAAAUGUGUUUACACGGUGCUGAUGCACUGCCACAAGCAUCUUACUCUCCGUGAUGAGGUGUACUGUCAACUGAUGAAGCAGACAACAGCAAAUCGAUCGCCAUGUUCAGACUCGUCGCAACGAGCCUGGCGACUGUUGAGUGUAUUAGCUGCCUAUUUUGGAUGUUCGGAUGCAUUGAAGCCAUACCUGUUGGAGCAUCUAACAGCUGCAGCAUCCGAUCGUCGACGAUCAAGUCAUGGAACGGCGGCUGUUUGUCUAACUAAUUUACGAAAAACUGCACGAUGCGGUGGACGGAAAAAUGUGCCAAGUGUGGAAGAAGUGACAGCUGUUUCUGCUGGAAGAUCCGCUCGCCGGCAAAUUUAUCGUUUACCUGGUGGUGCAGAACGUGUUGUCAAUACUCGUUGCUCAACGGUCGUCGCAGAUGUCAUAGCUGAACUGUGUUCUCUUCUCGGUAUCGAAUCACCAACGGAACAGCAAGAAUUUUCGCUUUAUUGCAUCGUCCAAGGCGAUGCAUUCACAAUGCCAUUGGCUGCCGACGAAUACAUUCUCGAUGUGACCACAGAGUUGCUCAAGUCCGGUCAACCGUUCUAUCUGAUAUUCUGUCGGUCCGUAUGGCAUUACCAAUUGAAACGUGAUCCGGCUCCGACGCCUCUGUACAUUGAAGUGCUAUUCAAUCAAGUGGCUCCCGACUAUUUGGAAGGACUUCUGUUGGAGCUGCCAAGUGGCGGAGCACCGAAUCCGGACGUUGUACGUGACAUGGCUCGCAUUGCCGCAUUACUGCAUCGAGCUGCCGAUCUGAAUCACGUACCGGCAAUGAAAGAAAUCAAAUUCCUGUUGCCGAAACCGGCACUGGGAAUUCGCGAAUUGAGACCGGCUCAAUGGGUCGCAUUGGUUCAGUCUGCCUGGCCAUCGAUUGCCGGUUUGGCUCCGGCUCAGGUGAAAGCACAGUUUUUGAACGUGUUGUCCAACUGGGCACUGUUCGGCAGCAGUUUCUUUGCGGUGAAACGUGUAUGGUCCGAAGAUAGUCCGGCUGAAGAGGCGAAUCCGAUGUGGCGAGAUUUGAUAUUGGCAUUGAAUCGACGCGGCAUUUUGUUCCUCGAUCCGAACACACACGAAACGCUGCAACAUUGGCCGUUCAUGGAAAUUAUUUCGACCAGAAAGGUUCGUUCCGAAGAUGGGGCGCUGUUCUUGGACAUGAAAGUGGGAAAUUUGAUGCAGCAACGAGUGAUUCGUGUGCAGACGGAACAGGCGCAUGAGAUAUCGCGAUUGAUUCGGCAGUACAUCACAAUGGCACAGAUUGGCCAGAAGGAUCGUUGAGAUGAGGGGCGAUAGAUUUUCGUUUUUUGAAUUAUUUUUUUUUUGUUAAUUUUUGUAGCUCUUGUGCUUCCCAUGAAAUUUUAUUUUACUUUUACACAAAAGAAAAGAGAGAGCGUCAGUCUUUGAAAGGCCGGCCUGGAUGUACGUAAAUUUUUAUUUUUAUUUUUUUAUAAUUUAUUUACUCGAACUUAAGGCAGUUUACAUUAACGCAGCACCCAUUUUCAUGUAUAACCCGGAGAAAUCCAUUUUAUAAUCGAAAUCAAAGCGACAGGACAAUAUCUUUACAGUUUUUUGUAAAUUUUUUUUAUUUUUAUUUUUUAUGUUUUGUAUCGUCUAAGGAAACAUUCUAUUGAAAAUAUAUUCUGUAAAACAAUUGG